AUGGUACGAGCCUUAGGCUCCGCCUGCACAUUCUACAGGAGCUGGGUAUAUAACUGGGCAGAUACUACUAAACGGGCGCUAGGAUUACCAUUUGUCGCUGAUUUUAUGACGUAUUUUCCGGUAUAUAUGUACCGAGACACGGUCACUCACUGCAGAGAGCAUAUCCUAAAACAUUUAAAUACAAAUAACUUUGAGGAAGCCUUCAGAAAGUUUUACACGACUUUUAUCUCUCCAGUCAGCGUCAUCCUCUCUUAUGCAUGGUACUUUGAGAGAGAUCGCUAUGACUGGAAUUUUGAAAUGUGCGAUGACCUAAAAGAAUAUAAUAAAAGAUUUCCAAGUGGCCACACCAUUAGGCCCGAAGAUAUAGAAACUGUUCUUUCCGAGCCUCAAACAGGUUAUCAUGGUAACGCUGGGUCGGCUUUCAACGAAAAUGUCUUUACCAGUUAUUGCUUAUCACACAAAGCAGCAGGAAAUAAUUUGGAUAUAUGUUCUAAUCAUUCCGCGUCGCCAAGCAAUAAUUUACUCUUUUUUGUCCACGAUCUUCAGGGAGGUGUUGAUAAGCACCCAUGUAAAGGUGACCUUACCAAUACCUGUUUGCAAGUUCUAGAGCGACAUUAUAACCAAGUCGGACUUGAGAUAAAACAAGGCCGUAAGCUAGAAUGGAGCAGUUUAGAAACUACCGAUACGCUUGCCAGCGAAUUUGGUAUAACAUGUCCGCCGAUUAAAGUUUGA